AGCCUCUGUAGCAAUGGGGUCAGGCAGCAGCAGCCCCAGGAGCACAGAGGGAGGCGGUGUAGACACAGACGGAGGCGCUAUGUUCCAACAACGACCUCCACACUGUCGCCUGGAGGGUAAGAACCAGGUCUCCUCCGACGAUGAGUUUACCGACGUCUCUUACAGUGAUCUAGGACACAUCAUCACACCGAAGACCAAGAGGCUGACCAUCAACAACAAUUACAAGACCAGUCGUGAGAGGGAGACCAAGGACCAAAUUCAGGCUUGCAGACCUUCCACUCCCACUCCCUCAGCUACUGACGAGGGUUACUUCGACCAGGACUGCGACAUGGUGAGCAGUCAGGUUGAGAGCGGUCAUGCAGGACCCGCCUGCAGCAGCACCACCACCACCACCAACAGUAACAGCAGCAGUAAAGCUAGCUUCAGUUCCACACACUUGCCAGGAACUGCUAAUCACCACCCUUCCUUAGCCACCAACCUCGGAGAUCUUGAAGUGGAGGAGAUCACCUCAUAGUGUUCCCCGUCCUCCAACAUUGGUCUCCACCACAAGUGCAGAAUGAGGGAGAUCUUCCCAUUGCGUCCAUCAUCCACCAGAGUGCCAGGCAAACUGAGCGAGACAUUUCUGGCAUGAAGGUGGCUCUCGACUAGACGUUUAGAUAGUGAUCACUGAUGGAAGCCCUCCAAAAAUUUUCUGGCUAUGUACUAUGUAGUUGUUAAACUUAUCAAAUGUAAAAUAAACACAGAAUAAAAAUAAAUGAAACAAAUAGCAAUGUGUAAAGGAUGCGCGGGGGGGGGGGGGGGUUAGGUCCCUUUGAGCUUAAGAAGAGGGUCAAACGUAAUCAGGAGUUAUUUAUCUCAGUGUAUUUACACCGACACGGGAGUUGAGUAUCUCAGUGUAAUUACACUUUAAUCCCUCUUUUAGGGAUUGAAGUAACCUCGACUAGUGGUGUACAGGAAAGCAUGCUGCCGUAAUGACCCUUGUUUGGGCGAUAGGCUUUAAAAUUUAACUAGUAAUUCUCAGUUGUCGAUAUUCUUAAACUGAAAUUAAAACUCCGACAGUAGAGCAUAGGUCGAGGACACUUCCUGUACAACACAGGUCGAGGACACUUCCUGUACAAUGUACAACACAGAUUGAGGACGCUUCCUGUGCAACACAGGCUGAGGACGUUUCCUGUACAGCAGGUUGAGGACGAUUCCUGUACAACACAGGUUGAGGACACUUCCUGUACAACACAGGCAGAGAACACUUCCAAUCGAAUGUAAAUAAUUCGAAUCGUAAAUUGUAUCAUCUGCAAAACUCACAAUAAUCAAUGAACAACAGAGGCUGGAACACGCACGAGAGAAAGGAUGUAUAUGUAUAAUGUAUAAGAUGUAUAUGUAUGAUGUAUAAGAUGUAUAUGUAUGAUGUAUAUGAGUGAUAUAUGUUUCUCCAAUAGUGACGUCUCGUAUUUAAUGAGUCGGUUAAGUUACUUGACAACUUCAAAACAUCAAGAUUAUUAUAAUUUGUUGAAUAUAUGAGAGUGAGUGAGGGUGAAUGAAUGAGCACACUCAUCCCUGUAGGUAUGGAUGGAUGAGUGGGUCGAUCUCAGUGUAGUGGACUUCAAAGUUCAAGGCUGCCAGUGUGUGUCAGGACCACUACAAAUACCACUACACCAAGGCUGCUAGAGUGGGUCAGGACCACUACACAAGGCUCCCAGUGUGUGUGUCAGGAUCACUACAUAUCACUAUACCACUACACCAAGGCUACCAGUGUGUGUCAGGACCACUACCAACACUACUAUACUAAGGCUUCUAGAGUGGGUCAGGACCACUAUCACCAUCACUGUACCACUACAUCAAGGCUGCCAGUGUGUGUCAGGACCACUGUCAACACCACUCUACCACUACACCAAGGCUGCUAAAGUUGGUCAGGACCACCACCACCGCUACACCGAGGCUGCUAGUGGUCGGGACCACCGCCAACACUACACCAAGGCUGCUAGAAUGGGUCGGGACCACCACUAUACCUAGGCUGCUAGAGUGGGUGAUGACCAUCAUCACCACUACACCAAGGCUGCUCGAGUGGGUCAGGACCACCAUCAACACUACACCAAGGCUGUCACAAUGAAAGACCUUCACCACUGUGAAGGCAACGCCCUUUCCUGAAAAGCCUUGGCGUGUAUUGGGUGCCGGAAGUGCCAAAUCGCCACUCUGAUGGUCAUGCAAUCGUUCCUUCAAGGUUAGGUACCGCUGAAGGGCUGCUGAUCUAAGGAAUGGGAGACACCCUUCCCUUCCCUAGAUUAAAUCUGAUUAUUAUAAUUCCCCGUUUCUCACGUGAGCUCUACAUUUGACUCCAGUAAUUAUGUAGAGACGUAAAAGAGAAGUAUUAUGAGCACAGGUCGCAUGACACCAUGUUGGAAGGUGUCAGUACCCUUAGUACGCCAGAUGCCGACAUGUGUUGUACUUGGGUAGCUCAGUGGUACAGCCUCUCACUCAUAACAGGGGGACCCGGGAUUAGUUUGAGUUGGGGGUGUGAUGUCUCGGCACGUCUCCUAAUACCUGCUGCCCUCUAACAAUAAAAAUAGUUAGCCGACUGUCGUAGGUCGCAUCCUGAGGAAGAGAACCUAUGGACUACAGUGGAAAUAAGCCACGUAGGCUUUCCAGGAUUAUUCGUCUUCUUAUGUAGGGUUGACACACGCAGACACAACCCCCCCUCCUUACCAGGGUUGGAACAAGAACAAUGGGACGUGCUUAGAACAGUAACAAGGGGCAUGUGCUUGGAACAAUAACAAAGGGGACGUGCCUGGAACAACAAAGGGGGACGUGCCUGGAACAAAAAUAAGGUGACGUGCCUGGAACAACAACAAAAGGGUAUGGCUGGAAAAUACACACCCUAACGAGCCAUAAGUAAACCAGGACACACUUCUUAAACACAAGAGUGGUAAAUAAAUUGAAUAAACAAUGCAAACGGACUCAAUACAAACUUCACAAAUAGAUACGACAAGGACAUUUCACGCCAGUCGAUGGUAAGAGGCUGGACCUGAAAUUAAAAUAUCCAGUCUCAAGAGAUGCACUGCUAAAAGCUCACAACUCCUGUACGAGGAGGUUUAGGAAGCACUAGGAUAACCUCCAGCCUAGCUGUAACACACCAGUGAUAUUUCCCCCUGUGACGAGAAAACUAAAGAAAGUUGUAUUAGUAUCUCCUAUAAUGUCUUAUUUAAUAGGUUAAUGUUUUCCUUAGGCCAAAUCCACCUGAUAGCAGAUAUAUGGUGAUCUUAAAAUGUAUUAUAAUUGACUAUGAAGUUUCCGUGAUGGGGUAUUAGGCUUUCAUGUCUCUCUCUCAUAAUUACUGUGGUAGGUUAGCCUGAGUAUAUUAUAAAAAACAAGACGUUGUGUAAUAUAUUUUGUACCAUUGUAAUGUUAAUAUGUAUUGCCCAG